UGUUAGGGUUAGGUUAAACUUGGUCCGGUUAAUUCUGCGUUGGGUUUCGAUCUGCAACUCAUGGCCACCGAUCGCUUGGAAGAGAGACUCGGGAGAAGACGAGGCUAUAUAUUUUUAAUCGAGGGUUAGGGUUACACAAUUAUCUCCUCCAUGGCCAAUUCCAAGACCAAGACCGGAGGUUGUUCGCUGCUGCUAAUUGGUCUUUCUUAGUUCUCUCGGUUUGAUGGUGUGCUCGAACUAUCUAGGGUUUUGUUUCCUUUGAAUUGUUGACCUAUUGUUUUGCACGGAGUACUUCUUUUUGCCGUGACUAAUUUGGUUGGAUUGCCGUUCAAUUGUCUCAAUUCGGACCUUCAUUUUGGGUUCUUCGGGAGAUCUAGGGCUUUCCGUUGGAUUUCGAACUGCUUGAAAUUAACUGCGGAAUUGUCUGCCGGAUUCUUUUUUCUUGUUGAUAGUUGUUGCGGGGUUUGUGUUGGUCGCUUUCCUUAACAUGGAAUCGGGACUUCUAGUUUUGCUUACUGACAAUCUUGUGGAAGAUUGACCUUAUUCCAUCUCCGAUUUCGAGAUUUGGUAACGUGCUUGUCGACGAUAAUAUCUGAUAAGUUAUUCAUUGAUUAUGAUGUUGGGUUUUUUUUUUUAAUUUCUUAUUGUCCUUUCAAAAUUUUAGCUCGGUGUUUGUUUCUGCUUGAUAGAAUUUGAUUCCUGAGCUUGUUAUGGUGAUUUGAUCGUUUCUCCUUUCCUUUUUGUCUCUUAUCGGUAGUCUGCUUCUCAAUUAUUUUCUAAAGUACUUGUAUGUAGGUUAUCUGAUGAUUAUGGCUGCUUUGUUUUAAGAGCUAUAUGUUAUCACUGAGCUGUUGUAUUUUGCAGAAAUGUUUACCUUUGCGCUUUUUUGACUGCUUGUAGGAAGGUUGCAUUGUAACUAAGGAGUCCUAGAGAGUACGUAGUGCAGUUAUUACUUGUACAUUCCAUUACUAUUUCACUUGGUUGUUUUUUGUUUCUUUCGUCAUAUCUGUUAAAACUGUGCUUUGUGGGAGCAAUGGUGUUGGAUUCAUGGGCAUGGAAAUUUGUUGCAGAUGUAUGGAUCAUCAUGAAGCUGAUGAAGAUAGUGUGCUAUCAAAUGCCAUUAUAGAAGAUUUUGGUUUCUUGUUAAUGGGCGCACCCAAGCAAAAAUGGACUGCCGAAGAGGAGUCCGCUCUCAAAGCUGGAGUUCGAAAGCAUGGGGCUGGAAAAUGGCGCACAAUAUUGAAAGAUCCAGAAUUUAGUGGUACAUUAUGUCUGAGGUCGAAUGUGGACCUCAAGGAUAAGUGGCGGAAUUUGAGUGUGACUGCUAAUGGGUGGGGAUCUCGAGAGAAGGCCAGAAUAGCCAUGAAACGGAGCCAGCAAAUAGUUAAGCAUGACAAUAGCCCAAAGGCUGUCAGCACGUCAAUUGAAGAUAGUGAUGAUGAAAUACUUGACAUCAAGCCUAUUGCUGUGAGUAGUGAAAAUAUUCAUAUAACUGGUCAAAAAAGAUCAUUCUCACGGAUAGACAAUCUGAUAUUGGAAGCUAUAACGAACUUGAAGGAACCCACUGGAUCUAACAAGACAACUAUUGCGAUGUAUAUAGAGGAUCAAUAUUGGCCUCCUCCAGAUUUUACACGAUUAUUAUCAGCUAAGCUGAAGACAUUGACUGCAAGUGGGAGAUUGAUUAAGGUCAAGCGCAGGUAUAGAAUAGCACCAACAUCAGCUUUUCAGAAAGGAAAAUCAUCUAAUAUUUCUAUUUAUGAGGGAAGACAAAGGGAGCCAUCCGGAUCAGUAGUUGAUGACUUCACACCCCUCUUGAGAUCUCAAGUAGAUGUUGAAUUAGCACGGAUGCGAAAUAUGACUGCACAAGAGGCAGCUGCAGCUGCUGCUCAAGCUGUUGCGGAGGCAGAAGCAGCCAUGGCGCAAGCUGAAGAGGCAGCAAAGGAGGCAGAGGCUGCAGAAGCUGAUGCAGAAGCAGCACAGGCUUUUGCGGAGGCAGCAAUGUUGACUAUUAAAAACAGAAAAACGGCUGACCUGAUAGUCCGAGCUUGACAGGAAUCGACUGGUCAAUUUAGCUUUACUCCAGAUUCACAACCAACAAUGACCCUUGGGAGUCAACCUCAGGACUCACUGGGCCGUUGUUGGUUCCACGGUGUUGUGACUCCAAACAAUUGUUGUUGUAUAUGCUAUCGGAAGACCAAGUGUAUGGAGGAGGAGAGCUGGUGCUUCAGAGUGAGAUCUUCCAAAUUGGCUGAUGAUAUCGUGUGCUGCCUGGACUCGCCAAAUCUGCAGAUGCUUGUGUAGGAAGCUGAAUGAUUGCCUAUGGGAGAUUGUUUUCUGUAGGGAAAAUCUGACAUGGUGGAACAUUUUCUUUCUUGAGUUUGGAUUAGACUAUUUAGAGCAAUGGGGGGCUUAAUUAUACCACUGGAGACAGCAAUUGUAUUAAAGAUCUCACAAGGAACUCUCGAUUAGGAACACAUUUUUUGAGACAACAUUAAAAAUGAUGUUUUCAGAUGCA